AUGGCCCAAGGCUACGCCAGAGCAUCCGGAAAGCCCGGCGUCCUGCUUGUCACAUCGGGACCUGGAGUCACCAACAUGGUGACUCCGAUGCAAGACGCGCUAUCCGACGGCACGCCGCUAGUGGUGUUCUGUGGGCAGGUCCUGACGACGGCUCUUGGGAGUGAUGCUCUCCAGGAAGCUGACACGAUUGACAUUUCGCGGGCUUGCACUAAGUGGAACGUUAUGGUUAGGCAUAUCGACGAGUUGCCGCAGCGUAUCAAUGAGGCGUUUGAGGUUGCGACAACGGGGAGGCCGGGCCCUGUUCUUGUCGAUCUGCCACAGGAUGUUACUGUCGACAUCUUACGAAGACCGGUCGCUGCGAGGGCUCAUCUGCCGUCCCGCUCGAUCCGUUAUCAGAUGGCGGCCGAAACUAGGGAUCGCCAGCUUGAGGCCGACCUGAGGCGCUUCGCCCGUCUGAUUAAUAUCUCUCGCCAGCCAGUCAUCUAUGCCGGGCAAGACGUUGUUCUUUCAAAAGAUGGUCCACAGCUUCUGAAGCAGCUAGCCGACCGCUGUUCCAUCCAUGUCACAACAACACUACAAGGCCUCGGUGCAUUCGAUGAAAUUGACGAUAAAGCGCUUCACAUGCUUGGGCUGCAUGUCACGGCGUACGCAAACAUGUCUAUGGAGGAAGCCGGCCUAAUCUUGGCUCUCGAUGCGCGUUUCGAUGACCGAGUGACUAUGAAUGUGUCCAGAUUUGCUCCUGCCACGUACGCAGCUGGGAAGGAGGGAAGAGGAGGGAUAGUGCACUUUGAAAUAGUUCCGAAAAACAUCAACAAGGUUGUUCAAGCUAUAGAAGCUAUAGAAGGCGACGUUGCAGCCAAUCUGAAGCGGCUGUUGCCUUUACUCAAGCCAUGUGCUCCUUGGGGCGAGAAGCGCAGAGACUGGCUACGUAAAAAUGACGAGUGGAAGAAGAUAUGGCCUCUAUCCAGCUUCGACCGCUCAUCUCGUCAGGGACUUAUCCAGCCGCAGGUUGUCAUCGAGGAGCUGGACAAUCUCAUGGCAGAUUGGAAGGACAACACGUACAUUACCACCGGCGUUGGCCAACAUUAA